AUGAGCUACAACAACACCGGAGGCCUUAACCCCUUGAGCAAUGACCCUACGCAGGGCGGUCAAUACGGCAAUCUCCCAACAGCUACUGGCGGUCCUCACUCGUCAGUGACCGGAAACAAGCUUGAUCCCACCGUCGACAGCACCACGGGCGCGAGAACUGGAAUGGCCGGCCACACUGGGGGUCCACACUCCUCCAACAUGGGAAACAAGCUAGACCCGCGUGUCGAUAGCGAUACUGGCCGCACCACCCACGCUACCGGCGCACCUCCGGCGGCGCCCUAUGGCGGUACAGGCGCCACUACUGGUUACGGCGUCGGACCUCAUAGCUCUAGUCUCGGAAACAAAAUCGACCCCCGUGUUGAUAGCGACACCGGCCGCACCACCCACGCUACCGGCGGUAAUACCGGCCACCACACCUCCGGAUUAGCCAACAAGCUUGACCCAACUUCUGGCAGCAAUACUGGAUAUUCUCACACUGCUGGGCACACCGCGCACCACGGCACCACCGGCAGCGCUUUUGGUGCGACUGGAGGGACUGUCGGCCAUGGCACAACUGGUCCCCAUGGCUCCAGCCUGGGCAACAAGCUCGAUCCGCGCGUUGAUAGCGACACGGGGCGAACUACUCAUGCCACCGGUGGCAACCACGGACCCCACGGAUCCGGCAUGGCCAACAAAGUUGAUCCAACCAUUGAUAGCACCACGGGAGCUCAUCGUACUACCGGGACAACGGGUGCAGCUGGCACAACCGGAACAACCGGAACAACUGCUGGAACAUCAGCCGGCAAGUCUGGCGGCGCCGGCGGUGCGCUGAAAAGCGUUGCAGCAGGCAUCCACGGCAUGGGCGAAAAGAUCCGUGGAGCGACAGGUGCAGCCAUCGACAAGGCAACCAACGAUCACGAAGGCUUGCGAAAAAAUGAGAAUAUCAAGCGACAGGGCGAACAGGAAAUGCACAGCGGCCAAUUCUCAAAGGAUACAAAGGCUCGCGAGGGUUUGCACCAUUCCGCCGGAGGCAACAUCUAA